AUGGGCUACGUGAACAUACUCAAAGAUAAAGCUCUUGAAUUAGAGCAGUCUUCGACCACACAGGGAGGAUUCCAGCUACAUUCCCUCUCAAAUGACGAUCUAGGGCUACUAUGUGUGUUCGGCUUGCUCAGUAACCCACCAUUGAUUCCACUACUGGACGAGGAGACGAAACGCUAUAGGGAUGGUGUUCCGCGUAAUAAGUUGCAUACGAUCAUGAGCAGGGUCACGAAUCCGGAUGAA